ACUGUACAGUGAGGUUAAAAGGAGAUUAACUUCUCUCUCACAACCCCUCCUUCAAUCACUGAAUCAUAAUUCUCAUUCUCAGACCAUAAAUCUGUAGCCGUGCCACCGAACUUCAUAUCUUCUCAUCCACACAUGGCUUCUGAUUCCCUCCACUCUACUGUCCAUCAGCAACCCUCACCAAACCUCACUUCGUUCCCCAUCAUUUUGAAGUUUGAGGAGGUGGUGUACAAAGUGAAACCAGACCAUAGAGGACUGUGUCGGGGAAGAAGUUCAUGGAGUUCCACAGAGAAGACGAUACUGAACGGAAUCACAGGCAUGGUAUUUCCAGGUGAGAUUCUGGCCAUGUUGGGCCCUUCGGGAAGUGGCAAAACGACACUUCUCACAGCUCUCGGAGGUCGUUUAAUUGGCAGAUUAUCGGGCAAAAUCACCUACAACGACCAACCUUUCUCAGGUUCCAUAAAGAGAAGAACAGGCUUCGUGGCUCAGGACGAUGUUCUAUACCCACACCUCACAGUUUCUGAAACUCUGAUCUUCACCGCACUUCUCAGGCUUCCCAACAGCCUCACGAAUAACGACAAGAUUGCUCACGCCGAGAGAGUCAUCACAGAGCUGGGCCUGACACGGUGCAGGAACAGCAUCGUCGGAGGGGCAUUGAUCAGAGGAAUAUCAGGUGGAGAGAAGAAGCGAGUGAGCAUAGGUCAAGAAAUGCUAAUAAAUCCGAGCUUGUUGCUGCUAGACGAGCCCACUUCGGGGUUGGACUCCACGACGGCGCAAAGGAUAUUGACCACCAUCAAAGGGGUGGCGCGUGGCGGAAGGACGGUGGUGACCACCAUCCACCAACCGUCGAGCCGGCUGUAUCAUAUGUUUGAUAAGGUGGUGGUGCUGUCGGAAGGACGAUGUAUAUAUAACGGACCUGCAUCGGCGGCCAUGGAGUAUUUUUCUUCUAUCGGCUUCUCCACAUCCAUCACUCUCAAUCCUGCUGACUUCUUGCUCGAUCUUGCUAACGGGAUUGCCCCAGACCCCGAGCAUGCAAGCGAACAAAGUGAGGGCCUGGAACAAGAAAGGAAGCUAACCAGAGAAGCUCUCAUUUCUGCUUAUGACAAGAACAUUGCUCCCAAGUUGAAACUUGAGAUUUCUAACUCGAGAAUGGACAUCUACAGCUUCAACAAGCAUGCUUCAUCUAGAAAUGACCCAACAAAAGCAGAGCAAUGGUGCACAAGCUGGUGGUAUCAGUUCAAGGUGCUGUUACAGAGAGGACUCAAAGAACGAAGGUAUGAAGCCUUCAAUAGAUUGAGAAUAUUCCAAGUCAUAAGUGUGGCUUUUCUUGGUGGACUCUUGUGGUGGCAUACCCCAGAAUCUCACAUUCAAGACAGGGUAGCGUUACUGUUUUUCUUCUCAGUUUUCUGGGGAUUCUACCCUCUCUACAACGCAGUUUUCACUUUCCCACAAGAGAGAAGAAUGCUGAUCAAGGAGAGGUCUUCAGGAAUGUAUCGUCUCUCUUCCUACUUUAUGGCAAGAACAAUAGGAGACCUGCCAUUGGAGCUGGCACUUCCUACUGCAUUCGUGUUCAUAAUCUAUUGGAUGGGAGGGCUCAAGCCUCAUCCCGUGACUUUCAUUCUAUCACUUCUCGUGGUCCUGUACAGCGUUCUCGUGUCUCAGAGUCUGGGAUUGGCAUUCGGAGCUAUUCUCAUGGAGAUCAAGCAGGCCACAACCCUAGCUUCUGUCACAACCCUCGUGUUCCUCAUUGCUGGAGGCUACUACGUUCAACAGAUCCCUCCAUUCAUAGCUUGGCUCAAGUACUUGAGCUAUAGCUAUUACUGUUACAAGCUGCUUCUGGGUGUUCAGUACGAUGAAGAAGAUUAUUAUGAGUGUUCCAAUGGGGUUUUGUGCAGAGUAGAAGAUUUCGGUCCCAUCAAAUCAAUGGGUUUGAAUCAAUUGUGGGUGGAUGUGCUCAUGAUGGCUCUCAUGUUGGUGGGUUAUCGACUAGUUGCUUAUUUAGCACUACGUAGGGUGAGGUAGAACAAAAGUUAUGAACAUGCCUUCUCUCCCAUAGUUUUUGUCCUUCAAUAUAAUUAAGGUCUGAUCAUCGCCGAUGAUAGAGUUUUAGACCCUCGAUGUAGCUCAUGGAAUGGAAUUUGAUCCACGAGUUGGAUGCAUCACCCUGUGUAACAGCAGUAUAAUUUGUAAUAUAUGGGAUAGUAAGGUAAAAUUUGUAA